CAUUUUAGUUGUUUAAAACAACACAACAAAAAAAUUUUAUAGUAACCAAUUCCAGAAUAACUUGACAAAAUUUUAUUUAUUUUUUUUUUAAAUUCGAGAUAAGUUAAUUAGAGGAAAUCAUCCCGAAACCAUUAGAAGCUACCACGCCAGAGCAUUUUGUGAGUCAUAAACUUAUACGAUCAACAUGGCUGAAAAUGAUGCUGAGGAGCAAGACUAUGAGGAGGAGGAUGCAACGAUGGCCGCAAUGGAUGAGGGUGGCAUGGAAGAGGACAUGGAGGAUGAUCUAUUCUCGCGACUUGGCGAAUCCUCCGAUAAUCCUGAGCAGAAACGCAUGUACAUGGAGUAUCUGGCGCUGAUCAAGGAGAUCGAUUGCCAGAACCGCAUCAUACAGGACAUCAAGACGCAGGUGAUGGACAUGUGCGGCAAGCCCUGUAAGACACGUAACGAGCUUCGCGAAAUCAAACGUCUGCGCAUCUGCAUGGAGCAGGAGAAUAUCAAGCUGCACACAAUGAUGAACCAGGCGGUGAAGCUUCAGAACUUUGGAUCGCAUCGCCAUUAUCGCGAGGUCAAUCUGACCACCACCAUGGACGAGGACAACAUAUCGCCGUAUUGUGUGGGUCCCUGUGGCGGUCCGGUGGUCGGUAGUGGUGUGACCGAAUGCAGCGACGAUGUCGCCUCCAGUUGCUGCGAAGUGGAGGGCCAGGAGGAUCGGCUUAUUAAGGCGCUCAGCAAGGCCAUGCAAAAGAUGAAGGGCGCCUGCCCCGAGGACUUGAAAAUGAUGCAAAACAUCGCCUGCGCCAUCAUGGCCUCCAAGUCCAAGCCGAAGCACGUUUGCAAUCCAGGACCAUGUAAUGCCAAACCACAAUCUACAUGCGCGGAAAGCAGCAGUAGCGUUCAAGGACCAUGCCCACCGUAUCCACCCCCACCAUGUCGGCAAUCGAAGAAACGUAGUGUGUCACCCUGCCAAUCAAUCCGUCCACCUCCCUGCCCACCACCCUGUCCACCUCCGUGCACUAAAAGCGAUUCGCUGGAGAAGCUGAAGCGUCGCAUUGUCAGCAUGCAGUGCUCGGUGAGGAAGCUGCUCACUGAGGUUAGCAGGCGUGAGUCAUCAAGGGAGCCGCCGUCCUGCCCCUUUGAUGAUGAUGAUGAUGACGAAGAUGACGCUAAGCCAUGUUCCCCGCCCUGCCCACCGCGGAAGCCAUGUCCCGAGGAUCCCGAUCCGCUGGUCAUUUGCGGUGGCAAACGCAACACCAAAGCUGAUCAGUUCGAAAAGAUGAAGGGGAACUACGGGCGUCUGCUCACCCAAUUUCAGCGCAAGGAUUGCCAAAUGAAGGAGUUGGAGAAACGUAUGAAGGGUUUCAUGGGCGGAUGUGGUGCGUCCAAGGGAAUCUCUGAUGCGGAUGCAGCUGAAUUGAAUCUGCUGCGAGCACGUGUCAACGAGCUGAAGGAGGAGCAGCUGGAGUUCAAGUGCAUCAUGAAGGAGCAGUCACAGCAGCUGGAGGACUACCGCAACAAGUAUAUGCUGGCUCAGCAGAAGGUCGAGGAGCAGUGCGUCUCGCUGGAUAAGCUCAGCAUGAACAAUAAGCGCAUCGAGCAGCAAAUUAAUACAGAGGUGAAGGAGAUACGCUCCAAGUUCCAGGAGAAGCUGAACGAGCUGCUCCAUUUUCCCAAGCUGCUGGAGAACGAGCAACUGAAAUUGGCACAGGUGUGCAAGGAGAAGGAUGAUCUGCAGAGUAAACUGAUCGUUGUCUGCAAAGAGCUAAAGUCCUGCAAGGUACAUCUUGAGAAUCCCACACCAGAUUUAAGUCCACAGCUUGGCCAGUGCCAGCUGGAUCUGACCCAAGCGCGCAACGAGAUUGAGGAGCUGCUCCGCCAGCGAGACCUCUUCUGCGAGCAACUGAAGACCACACAGGACGAUCUGGACACGUUGCGCACCGAAUCCGCCAAGAUAAUUGCUGGCACCAAGGAGCGCGCCGAGAUGAUCAAAGCCCAGCAGCAGGAACAAAUCAAUCGCCUCGAAAAGGAGCUGGCCCAAUGCCGAGCCACCGCAUCGCUCUCCGUCAACGAUCGCGAGGCCGUCAUCCGCGAGAUGCAGGGCCAGCUCAAUACACUCUCCUACAGCUUCGAUGCCGCCCAGAAGCAAAUCAAAACGCUCCGCAAUCACAUUGCCUACGUGUCCAAUGAGAAUUGUUUCCCCGUCAAGUGUUAGGCGAUUUCCCAUUUUCUCAAACCCAAAUCCCAGCCCGCUGUCAAGUACCAAAAGAAACCCCGAUUUUGUCUCUGUCUCUAUAAAAUGUGUUGAUGUCCAAUUUUCGAUUGCUACUUAAAUCAAUAAUAAUAAUAAUACCUAUUUCGAUCCAAUAGAAA